UUCUUGCAAGUGCAACUAAUAUGCUAUCAGCUUUGUCAUCUGUAAGGCAAGUUYUGUUGCUAGAGAAGAUGGAACAUGAUGACGUUUGCAAUAAGACUUUGAAGAUAACAGACUUUGGGCUGGCAAGAGAAUGGCACCGAACAACCAAAAUGAGCGCGGCAGGAACUUAUGCGUGGAUGGCUCCAGAAGUUAUCAAGUCCUCCCUGUUUUCUAAAGGAAGUGAUAUCUGGAGUUAUGGAGUGUUGCUGUGGGAGCUGCUUACAGGAGAAGUUCCUUACCGUGGCAUCGAUGGACUUGCUGUGGCUUAUGGUGUUGCCGUCAACAAGCUGACUUUGCCCAUUCCAUCCACUUGUCCUGAACCGUUUGCAAAACUCAUGAAAGAAUGCUGGGAGCAGGAUCCUCAUAUCCGACCAUCGUUUGCCUUAAUUCUUGAACAGCUUACUGCCAUUGAGGGGGCAGUUAUGACUGAAAUGCCUCAAGAAUCUUUCCAUUCCAUGCAAGAUGACUGGAAAUUGGAAAUUCAGCAGAUAUUCAAUGAACUGAGGACCAAGGAAAAAGAGCUGCGGUCACGAGAGGAAGAGUUGACACGAGCAGCUCUUCAGCAGAAGUCCCAAGAAGAAUUACUGAAGCGCCGGGAGCAGCAGUUAGCAGAGCGYGAGAUUGAUGUCCUGGAGCGGGAGCUCAACAUCAUGAUAUUCCAGUUGAAUCAAGAGAAGCCCAAUGUAAAGAAGAGGAAGGGCAAAUUUAAAAGAAGCCGUUUAAAACUUAAGGAUGGACAUAGAAUAAGUUUGCCUUCAGACUUCCAGCACAAAAUAACAGUGCAGGCAUCUCCCAAUCUGGAUAAGAGGAGGAGUUUAAACAGUAACAGCUCUAGUCCCUCAAGUAGCCCCACAAUUAUUCCUCGUCUUCGAGCUAUACAGUUAACUUCAGAUGAAAGCAACAGAACUUGGGGAAGAAGCACAACGUGUCACCAAGAAGAAUUUGAAGAUGUGAAGAGAAACUUUAAAAAGAGAGGCUGUACGUGGGGACCGAGCUCAGUUCAAACAAAGGAUCGUGCAGAUUGUAAGGACAAAAUAAGACCCCUUUCAGACGGCAGCAACCCUUGGUCAACCCUUUUAAUGAAAAAUCAGAAGGGGCUUCCUUUAGCUUCGCUCUUUGCGGACCAAGGUGUCUCUACUGAUAAGAGACUUCUCCCUGAGGGACUGGACACCAAAAGACCAAAGCCAAUAAAGCUGUCGAAUCAGGCCUAUAUUAAUCUACCUCUGUGGAAGGAUGAGCAGGGAGAGAAUACAGCAGAACCUGAGAGCUUUGAAGAAGGAACCUCUGCCAGCUCGGCAAACAGUACUCCUCAAAUGACACCUACAAACAGUCUGAGCAGAACACCRCAGAAAAAGAAGACCGAUUCAGUGCUGUACGGGUGUGCAGUUCUCCUGGCCUCUGUUGCCCUGGGCUUGGAUAUCAGGGAGCUGAACAGAUCAUCCCAAGGUUCAGAAGACCUCUUGCCAAAGGAUGAGAAGAAGAAGCGCGAUGGGUUGUUCCAGCGUGCUUCAAAGUUUCGCAGGAGUGCCAGCCCUGCAAGAUUGCAGGCCAAGAAAGAGGAAACAAAUAUUCCAUCCUUAAGUCCAGCUGCAAAUACUGUGAAUCUUCUUUCUAUGCCUUCCAUUUCCACAAAAUGCCUCCUUCAGCCUGACAACGAAGAUGCAUUUGUAAGCACUGUGCUCGAUGAUUGUGAUCCAUGCAGCUCCACCGAUGGCUUUCCAUUGGAAACUCCUGAAAGUAAGAGAGAAGAGAGGUUACAGCCGGCUGCUAACACGUUUCCUAUAGCGUUAAAGAAUCAACCUUUCAAUCCUUGUCAGAAACAAGAAUCUCAAAAUGUGCCAAACGAUUCUUUGUCCAAGCUCAGUGUGUUGGGUCACAGACGAACCUUAUCAGAUGGGAACAAUUUUCAGACCACAGCUAAUGGAUUUGCUUCAACGAAUGGUGUCCCCAAUUUACCAACAUUGCCAGUUACCAGAACUCUACAUUCUCCAUCCGUUCAAGAAAGAAGCAAUCAUGAUGGUAUUUCACCUGAAAAACAGAGAGCUGCCAACAUCAUCUCAAGGCCUCGACCUUCUUCUGUGAGAAGCAGAAUCGACGCGUGGCAGAUUCUUCCACGUAUAAUUAAACCAAGCUCUAAAGACCCAGAAUGUCUAGAGGACAACACAGGUCCACAUGUGAACUGCUUACCAGAUACCCAGGAAAGAACUAACUGCCACGUGCCCUCGUUGCUUGAUAUUGAUGUAGAAGGUCAGAAUAGAGACUGUACAGUGCCUUUAUGUCGCAUGAAGAGCAAAGCGUGUCGACCGUCUAUAUACGACCUGGAGAGAGAGUUUCUGUCUUGAGUGCCUUGUGUUUUAGAAACAUUUCCUUUUUUAAAAGGAGAACACCCCCCCAAAUUCCUGUCCAUCUAAUGCUUCAUGCUGCUGUUUUCUAAUGUACUGUGACGAAUAGUACCAAAAUUAUUAAAACGGGCAGCUAAUUAAGAAAGUGUAAUAGGUGCCUUCUUAAAAUUUCCUUGCGAAUCCCAGCUAGUAAUUCUAAAAGCACAAAAAUAGUACUCGAGAUGAACCUGCCAAGCGUAUUUCAAUGAGUAAAAUAACAUGUCUGCUUCCCUUCACAUGGCAUCACGUGUUUUCUUCUGGUUUGGACUCUUUUUGCCAGAACUUUAACUUUUGCACACAGGAAAACUGAAUGGCCCGCAGWAGGGCUGUGUUCAGUCAGGGAGAGCUUGCAUAACAAGCAGUUGUCUGCAGCCAGCCUCUUUAUGUCUCUCAGAACUGGGGAGGGGGGACAGGGGAUUAAGAUGCCAGUACAGAAGUGCCCUUUUCACUCCACACUAAGUAGCUGGUUGCUUUUUGUCAUUUCAUACUGGACUCGGUUAAGGGCCUGCAAUUGAAUUCGCAGUCUUUGCCCUUGGGUUUGGGGAGAGCUUUUCAGCUGGGUACAUGAGUUUCUCCAGCACAUUAUAGUGCCUAUAUAAACACGUAGGUCUCAGCCACGAUAUCGAUUUAAGAGGGUAAGCUAUAGUAUUGUGAUUGGAUUAAAGGUUUUUGACACACUUUCUCAUGUGGAUCAACAUUCCAUGUAGGUAUGGAUACGCUGGAAUGUAAAUAUUUGUGCUCUAACUUUUUGACAACUACGGUGUUUGCACUGAAAGGAAUAUUCUCGGUUUGGGGUUUUUGUUUGUGGUGGAGGGGGUUGCCUUUUUGUUUUGUUUCAUUUUCGUUUGUUUCUAACGCUGCACCUUGUAUCCAGUAAGUGUUUUAAGGGUGAGUGUUCUUYGUUUCUAAGUGAGCCAGCAAUGCAUUUAACUGCAUUCAAAUUUUAUAGCUGCAAACAUUUAAUAUUAACUCUUUCACUAUAACUUGUAAAGCUUUUCUUCCUGAAGUUGCCCAAUUAUUCAUACUUAGGAACUAAAGGACAAAGCCAGAUAUGCUUGACUGUUUUUCAGGGAUUAAAAAGGUUCCYGAAAAUUCCAAGUAGUUAAUUGUGGGGGGAAGGGGCACUUAACUUUGAUAAAAUUAAUAGUUACUUUAUUUUUUUACAUUAUACCUAAUGAAGUGAAUAAAUAAAACUAAAUGUUUUUAUCUGAUGAAAGUAUAACUAGAGUUAAAGGACUCUCCCUUAAAUCUCAAUAUUUGAACUGGUAAUUUUUCAUACCAUUUGGCACUUAAAAUAGUCUUCUUAAGUAAAACAAUGUUAGAAUAAAAUUUUACAUUCUCAUUAGAACAGUGUUUUAUUAAAACUUUUGUCCAAAACACCAUUUCUCCUUUGCUCUGGGGUCUUGGGAGUUCAGUUGUUAAGCGGGGCACACAAUUACUUAAACCUUCAAAGCCGAGGGAUUAAAAAAGAAAGUUUCUAUUCUAAGGCUGGUAUGCAGCACAUCGGUUACCUUGACGAUGCCACAUAAUUAGAUGUACAAAAUCAUGAACUCUUAAUCACACAGAAGACAGAAAAAUGCAACUUCCCAGCUCUUGAAGUGGAAAUGAAAAGGGAUUUCCUUAAAGUAUUACUUUUACAAGAAUGCAUAACCACUAGCUUUCUGUAAAAGCUCAGUGACUGCAGAGCAGUCUAUAGUGUUUGGUUCAAACCUGUUUGUACUUCAGUAAUCCAAGUUAAUUGUCAACAUGGUUCAAGUUGCCAACUGUGUUCUUUGACUUUCCUAUAAACUUUCAUUUCAGCAGAGCAAAUUAAUAGGUUAUUUCUAUCUGUUUUUAAUUAGAUGGGAUUUCAUAAAAUAUAGUCAAUUAUGUAAUGCACACGGAUCAAAUCUUAAACAUAGUUUGAUAGCAGUUUGAUGAAAGUUUGGAGCAUUAUGUAUAUUUCAACUCUUUGGGAUCAGCUGUUCCUAUGUAAAUUGAGAAAAAUUGAGUUGAUUGUAUUACAGUUUCUGAAGAAAGUAUCUCUGGCUUUCUGCAGAAAAAUCUCAGGUGCUGUAGCAAUUUUGCCUUGUAAACUUGUAUUUUUAAGGUGUAUAUCAUUAUGAAUGUUGAAUUUUGCACCCUAUGUUUUGUAAUUAAUAGUAUCAGCUUGUCAGCUAUAUUGUUUUCACUUUUCAGUGCUCAUCAUCUCUCU